AUGGCAAAAGACGAGUCCACGCCAUCGCAAUCCGUUUCGGAGCUUAACACUUGUGUGUCCACCGGUCACCGAACUGCUGCCAAAGAAGCGACCUUUCGGGAAUGGAUGGACGCGAAUCAAAUCGGAGUCUCAUUGACUAUCCUUGGCACGCUUUUAGCUGCUCAUAACCUCUACCCCACACUCCGACCAUACACGGCGCCGUUCUUCCAAUUGUCGUACUACCAGCCUUCCGAAGGGGUCUAUGUCCAAGGCUUUGACGAUGUGUACUUUGUUAUCAGCUCCGCAAUCACAUUCACCGCCGUCCGAGCGACUGCCAUUGAAUGGAUCUUCCGACCAGCUGCCAGGUAUGCGGGAUUGAAGCGGAAGGCUUCAAAUCGGUUUGCCGAGCAGGCGUGGAUGUGGAUGUACUAUGCGUUCUUCUGGACGUUUGGAAUGUAUAUCUGGACAAACUCUUAUUAUUGGAUGGAUUUCAAGGCCAUUUGGGCUCAAUGGCCCGCGCGGGGGGUCUCUGCAAACCUGAAGUGGUAUCUCCUGGCGCAGCUGUCAUUCUGGUUCCAGCAGAUCCUGGUUAUCAACAUGGAAGAAAGGCGAAAGGAUCACUACCAGAUGUUGACUCACCACAUCCUCACCAGCACUCUCUUGACCUCUGCCUAUAUCUACGGUUUUUAUAAUGUUUCGAACGUUGUACUGUGUCUGAUGGACAUUGUCGACCUGUUGCUGCCGACUGCCAAGAUUCUCAAGUACUUCAAGUUCGAGCUUUGCUGCAACAUCACCUUCUGUCUGUUCAUGGUGACCUGGUUGAUUACGCGUCACAUUUUCUACCCUCUACUCUGCUGGUCUAUCUACAAGGAUGUCCCUGAUGCAAUGGCCUACGGCUGCUACUCCGGUACCACCGCGGAGCUGAUUUCCACCGAUGGGUACCCGAACCGAUUCCGCUACCUCUUUAACCCGUUCUUGGACAUCAACGGCCCCAUCUGCAUGAAUCGCACCGUCAAGUGGAUUUUCCUUGGUUUUCUUCUGGCGUUACAAUUGCUCUCUCUCAUAUGGUUUGUGAUGGUUGUCCGCGUGGCCGUGAACGUGCUCCGAACCGGAAAUGCCGAGGACACUCGAAGCGACGACGAAGAGGAAGCGGAAGUCCGAUCCGCGGGCAAGGACGCACCCAACAGCAGCACAGUCGGUGUGGACGGGGCGAAUGCCGACUGGCGACGAGCCUCGAACGGCUCAGCCAGCGUGCGACCUCGCGCGCGGGGCCGAAUCCCACUCGGCGAUCAGAGCGAUCGCAAGGCCCUCCUUGGCAGAAUCGGAUGCGACAAGCCGACGUAG